UGGCAGACACAGUGAGAGUGCUGAAAACUCUUUUCAUUAAACCAUACACCACACUACCCUCUCUUCCUUCUUCUUCUUCUUCUUCUUCUUUGAAGAGAGAAAGCAUGGAUAGAGAAUUCUCUCACUCACUUUCUUAAUUCAUCUUCCUUCACAGAUCAAUCAGCUUCUUUGCCAUGGAAGACACGGAUUCAGUUGCUACACUGAUAGAUUCAACAAGUUCUAAGAUAAAACAGCUCCAAAAGGCAUUUGCUGAACUUGAAAGCUAUCGAGCUGUUACACUUAACUUGAAAUGGAAAGAGCUUGAGGAACAUUUCCAUGGACUUGAGAAAUCGUUGAAGAGACGCUUUCAUGAAUUGGAGGACCAAGAGAAAGAGUUUGAAAACAAAGUGGUGAAGUCUCGUGAAAUAUUGGAGAAGCGGGAAGCGACUGUUUGUGCCAAGGAGCAAGCUUCUUUGCAGAAACUUCAAGAUAAAAGAGAUGCUGCUGUAUUUGCCAUUUUUAACGUAAAACUUUCUCCUGAAGGUGGAAAUGUGGAUCUAUUAUCUUAUCCAGAGUUGGUAAAGCUAUGUAAAGAAAUGGAUGCUAGAGGUCUUCACAAAUUCAUAUCUGAUAACCGUAAGAAUCUUGCUGCUAUAAGGGAUGAAAUACCACAUGCAUUAGGAGCUGCUCCUAAUGCUGCCUGUUUAGUUUUAGAUUCUUUGGAAGGAUUUUACUGUGCAGAAGCUUCAAAUCAGGAUGUAAAGAAGGAUGCUAACUUAUUGGGCCUUCGUCGAACCUGUAUCAUGUUGAUGGAAUGUUUGUACGUUUUCUUGAACAACUCAGAUGGUGUCUAUAAUGAACUUUUAGAAGAUAUCAAGGACAGGGCAAAAGCAGUUGCUGAAGAGUGGAAACCCAGAUUGGAUGCUCUAGAUGCGGAUGCUGGCAAUGGGAAUUCCUUAGAGGCUCAUGCAUUUUUGCAACUUCUAGCAAGUUUUGAUAUUGCCUCUGAUUUUAAUGAGGAGGAGUUUUCCAGGUUCAUUCCAAUGGUUUCUCGGCGUCGCCAAACUGCUGAUUUGUGCCGUUGCCUUGGGUUGUCUGAGAAAAUGCCUGGCGUAAUUGAAGUAUUGGUGAACAGCGGGCGGCAAAUUGAUGCAGUUAAUUUGUCUUUUGCAUUCAAUCUUACGGAACAGUUUUCUCCCACGGAUUUAUUGAAGUCUUACUUGAAGGAUGCCAAAAAAGCUGCAUCUCCUUCCAGAUGUGUUAACUCAUCUCCCACUACACAGGUUGAGGUUAAUGAGCGAGAACUGGUUGCCCUUAAGUCCAUAAUCAAGUGCAUCGAAGAACAUAAACUCGAGGAGCAGUAUCCUCUAGAUCCUCUCAUGAAACGGGUGGUCCAACUCGAGAAGGCCAAAGCAGACAAGAAGAGGGAAACUGAAGCAACAAAGCCUCAACCGAAGAGACCCCGUGCUAAUGGUGUGGGAUAUGGUCCGCGUGUUUCUAACUUCCCUUCUGACAAAGCCUCCUAUCCUAGAGCUGCUGACAGGUACCCACAGUACGUAUUCGACCGGCCUUAUGUGUACCCUGGACCAACUGACAAUCAUUGCCCCCCUCUCAUGGGGUCGACGACCUAUAACUUCACCCCGAGUCACAGCAACUACUUUGGAAAUGGAUAUCAGUACCAGCCAACAUAUCUCCAUUAGGUGAUGUGACCAGAUUAUGAUCCUUUCCUUUUAAUAUUUAGUCUCAAGUCUUAACCUUAUGUUGUAUGUUGCACUUCUUAUGUGUAGCGUUUAUAAAAUGUGAUAUGCUAAAGUUUAACUUCUGCACUAGAAGAUAUUCUGAUCCUCUAAUGUAUGAACUCCUCGUUCUGUACAAGGUUACCUUAAUGCCUUUUCUAGUAUAUUUUUGUUGUGUCUCA